AUGUCUUCCUCCGCCGCCGUCACCGACGACCAAUUCGCGACGCCGACGCUGGAUGCCGAGUCAUCCGGCAUCCUCCAGUUCGUCUCCUCCCACGGCGGGUACGCCUACGUCAGGAUGGCCACGCUGGCCGCCACCGGCGACUCCCGGGCGGCGGAGGCCGCCCACGAGAUGGCGUGGGAGCAGCUCCACUCGGGACCCUGGCACUCCGUGCUCCCCGUCUGGCGGGACGCCUACUCCAUGGCCUGCCUCCUCGUGGCCAGGUUCCACUGCCGGGACGGCGAGUACAAGGAGGCGCUUAGGGUUUUGGACAUGGGGCUGAUCAUGGGCGGAAUGCUUCUCCGUGGCGACUUGGAUUCCGCUAUCCAGAUCAUCUCGGCGAAAUCCAGGGGUGGGGGCGGGGAAAGGGAGGGAGGGAAGUGGAGAUUGGUUGAGGAUGGGGAGUUUAGUAAGGCGGAGGUGCUUCGUGUUUUGCCUGUGAAAUCAUUGACUGGCAAGCUUGUGGCGAAGAGAUCGGGUCUCUCGCUGGAAGGGUUUCUCCGGGAUCAUUUCUUAGCUGGAUCGCCGGUUAUCAUCAGCGAUGGUAUGGCUCACUGGCCCGCCAGCAGAAAGUGGAACGACGUUGAUUAUCUGAGAAGGGUGGCCGGCGAUAGGACGGUUCCAGUUGAGGUCAAUACCCCUUCUUUCUUUCUUCCCUCACAAGUUAGAACGUAUCACAGUUUUGAUUUUGUUGCUGCUUACACAUUUGCAAAGGAAAUUACCUAAAUUCUUGAGUCUUAAGUUCAAAAUGGUUUAAAGGGUUUUUGUGCUGCUAUGUAGAGGAACCUCUAGAGGGAAUGGUAGGAUGAAUUUUGAACCUGAACAAUGGGGAUCUUGGGUGUCAAGUUGAUGAAUUUCUGUGAAGUUUGGUUCGAAAUGCGCUUGAUAUAGAAACUAACUGGUCAUAUGGUCCUUCUAUCCCAACGGGAAAGAAAAAAAAAACAAGGGAGCUCCAUAUGUCCAACAUAUGCCAUGGAUAUUUUUCUUGUAUAUGUAGCAAGCCAGAGAUGUAGUAUAUCCCAGCAACGAAAACAGGGGGAUUGGCAAAUGUUUUUGCAGGUUGGGAAGAACUAUUUAUGCCAGGAGUGGAAGCAAGAGCUGAUAACCUUUUCCCAGUUUCUCGAGCGUAUUAGCUCUUCCUCUGGUGUCCCCACUUAUCUUGCUCAGCACCCAUUAUUCGACCAGAUAACUCAACUGCGUAAUGAUAUAUGCAUCCCGGACUACUGCUGUGCUGGUGGCGGAGAGCUUAGGUCUCUUAAUGCUUGGUUUGGCCCUGCUGGCACGGUUACACCUUUGCACCAUGAUCCUCACCAUAACAUACUUGCACAGGUUGUUGGCAAGAAGUACAUCAGGCUUUACUCUGCUUCACUGUCAGAUGAACUCUAUCCGCAUAAGGAAACCAUGCUCUACAACUCCAGCCAGGUUGAUCUCGACAACAUAGACGAGAAGCAAUUCCCAAAGCUGCAUGACCUGGAAUUCCUGGACUGCAUUCUGGAGGAAGGUGAAAUGCUCUACAUCCCACCGAAAUGGUGGCACUAUGUCCGGUCUCUAACAACUAGUCUUUCAGUUAGCUUUUGGUGGAAUAACGACUCUGGAAGCUCGUCCAUGUCUUCGUAGCAGCAGACACUUUCCGCAUCUGGCUCAAUUCGGUAUGGGGUGGAUUGAUUAAUCAAGUAGUUGCUAAUUUCCAGCACCUACAAGCAUUUUUUUGCUUUGCUUGGUGGGAAAAGGGAAAGGAGGAGGUUUUGAUUUAUUAUGACGAACUAUUACCUCGUGUAUAGGGCUAUAGCUACAUCAAUGCUAAGUAAUUGCUUGUGGUUUAGGAGGGUCUAGAACAAGUAUUAGUGUUACAAUUAUGAGUAUUUCCAGAGUAAACUGGUGUGCAACUCUUUUUUCCCUUUGGUACUGUCUUUCAUGGAUAAUGUUAUGCCUUCUAGCUUUGCUUAUGUUAUGAUGAAAUUCGGUGCAUCAGUAAUGGUGUGAUCGUGUUUAGCAACAAUUGAAAACCGUGACUAUAACUAUAUUAUCAUCCAGAAACAACACACACUGUCACCCAAGAUUCCAGUCCGCUACGCACGACGUUAUAACUGCAAAGCCGAGGCUAGCAGGCAUGCACCAUCAAGUUUGAACAGCUCUAGCAAUGCCGAACGCAGCGGCAGAAGCAAUGGCACCUAUAAGUGCAGUUUGCAAGGCACUGAUGAAAGGCCUGCUCCCAGUGAAAUGACCCUUUGCGAACCCGAACAGCAGCAACGCUAUAAGCGUCACGAUGACCGACGCAAUCACCGCGUCCUGAGCCCUCGCGAUGAACAUGUAAGGAACGAGAGGCACCAAUCCCCCGAUAAUGUACGCUAUCGCGAUCGUCAACGCACUCUGCACCGCUCUUCUUGGAUCCGGCUUCUCCAGUCCCAGCUCAAACCUGCAUAUAUAUACGCGCACAUCACGAUCAACACUCACUCGUACUAAACCCUCGAACCAAACCUGUAACAUCUAGUUACAUCUUAAUUUGCACAAGCAGAUAGAAGAGUUGCAUUCACCAAAUCCAGUCGAACAUAUAAUGGGUGUCAGCCUCAUCAACGAGAUGCCAAAAGUUGAUACACAGGACAGCAAGGCAGAACCAAAAGGAAGCAGCUUUAUUAGGUAGGGAAUUGAGAUACGGAAUCGAGGUCUUGAGUGGGAAAUGAGAGAUUCGUUUGGAGAUAAAAAAUGGUAGUUGCUGAGUGACCACAAUCUGCCCACCCGCGACUUUGAUUGCCACUACAACAAUGGGACAAAGGCAACUCUGAAAGAUAUGUGCAGCCGCCUGCCUGCCUGCCUGGACCUCGUUCGUUUCGUUGCGCAAUCAACGUUAGGCACGACAGUUUCGACCUAAUCUACGCGUAAGUCGAUCGUUUUCGUGAUUCGUUUUGACACAUAUAUUACACAUCUAGCAAGUAGCAGCAUCACGUAGGGCUCGAUAACAAUCAAUGUGCGGACAGGAACUAAACCUAUAUAAUCAAUGUUAUGAGCGAAUGAUGUAAGCACCACCACGCUCUAAUCAACUAAGCUAAUGGUUGGUUUUCGAGCAUAUUAGCUCGAUAAUCAAUCGAACUUACGCAAACACUGCACAAAUACUACGCCAAAUUGACCGCUACCAGGCUGAAACUCGGUAUUGAACUUGCUCAAAUGCCGGCAAAAACUGAAGUCAAGA